GCUGACGUCUGCUCGCCAGCAAGCGUAAGGAGGACAUGGAUCCAAACUGGCGCGUGCAAAAGUUCCCACUCUCGGCGCCGUGGAUCGAGCUCGAAAAACACUGCGAGGAGGUGCAUCCAAUCGGAUACGAGAGUCUCAUCAACCUCAGUCCUUCGACGCUCGCCGAGACGCGCGAACGCCUGCUCGCCCUCGACCAUGGGGGUAAGCGCAAAGGCAAGUAGCGUGCCUGUCUGGCAUGUACGUGUACUAUCUGGGUUGGUUCUCUUGGAUUUUUGUAUGCUAUACUUAUGAUGUAUGUAUAAUUUAUGCUGUAGAAUGGGCGAUGGAUAUGUAUCUCUCUCUCUUGUCAAGUGCUAAUCUGCUAGUGAUUUUAUUGGCGGCCUAAAGCACAAAGGACUGCU